UCAGUUGUUGAGAAGAGUUAACUUUUUAAAAAGAAAUAUUAUUUCUAUUGUUGUCAUACAUUGCAAAUUGUGAUUUAUAUACAUUGGCAUGCAGAUUAAAGAUUAUUGUAAUUUGCUUUUAAAAAGACAAUAUUUUAUUAAUUUAUCAAGUUAACAUUAAAAAUUACAAGAAAAAUUUGAACUCAAACAGCAUUGAGUCAUUGCCACGGUCAACAAAUAAAAUUUUUUCAACUCAGUUUCAUUGUCAGCAACUUCCUUAGUGGGACAUGGAAGCUAAGUUACGAGAUCAUAUUAGAAAUAAUUUAGAUGACCUUAUAUGCAACGUUAAAUAUGACAAAUUUCUGAAUGGCUGCCUUCGUACUCCACAUUUGCUUACGAAUGAAAUGCGUUUUAAUUUAGAGAACAUUCAGGAAAAACUUUCACCUGAAGAUUUAGAACUUGAGCGACACAAGCGGCUAUGGAAAAAAUUAACACAGAGAGGACCGGAUGCUUAUCAGCAAAUUAGAACUGUUCUUAGCCAACUUGGUUUCGAUAAAGCCUUACAAAUAUUAGAUGUGAAAAAUCCUGAGUAUGUGUCCAUAUCUUCUAAUAAACGCAAUGGACGGACUGCGGAACGUCCUCCUGUUAGAGAACCAUUAGCAAAUAUUGAUGAAAAUCAAGUUGAUGGCGACGGUAACUGUCAUAGUCAAUCAACUGACGAAGUUACAUUAGAAGAAUUUAAGAAAUGGGAACAAAUUGCAGAUAAGAAAAAGUAUGAAGUCAUACUUUCCAAAGAGUUACACGUUGAUAAUAAAGUUGGAAGUUAUUCCAUGAAAUCGAGAUAUAAUCGUGGUGUUGUUUUCAUAGUGAACAUCAUUGAUUUCCCAAACAAAAAGUUACACCGAGACGGAGCUAUUGAGGAUUCCGUAUCUUUACUGCAUUUAUUUAGAGAAUUGGGAUUUAAAUUAUAUUCAUACAAAAAUUUAACACGUACAAAUUUCUUCACGCUACUUGCAGAGAUUCUUAAUUCAGAAAACGCACAAAGAGCAGAAUGUUUUGUUUUAGUAUUAAUGAGCCACGGAAAUAUGGUUGGAGAGUUUACAGAUUAUGUGCAAUUUCAUGAUGGUGCCGAAGUUAAAGUACAAAAUAUUAUAGAUUGUUUUGAAAACAAUCGAUGUCGGUCUCUGUUAAAUAAACCAAAAAUUUUAAUAUUUCCAUUUUGUCGCGGUGAAAUAUCAGAGAGAGGACAUAUACGACCAGUUCAGACUGACGGCAUUGGUUCUUUUACGUCGCCUUUAAAAUCAGAUAUGAUGAUUUGUUAUGCUUCCUUGCCUGGCUUUACUGCACACCGUGAUCUGGAUGAUGGUGCUUGGUACAUACAAACAUUUUGUGAGUUAAUGGCAAAACACGCGCACGACACAGACUUUGACAGCAUACUCAAGUUGAUACAUAGAGAAGCUGGCGAAAAGCGUUCACAUUAUGGUGAUAUGCAAACUGGAAACUAUUGCAAUUUUGGUUUUAAUAAGCAAUUAUACUUUAAUCCAGGCAUUUGGGAAGAAAGUAAUAACAACGAUAUUAAUUAAUAUAUAGUUUACAAUAUGUGUAUAUUCUUUUUCGAAUUAUAUGGUAU